AUGCCGACGGGAUGUUUGAAGUGCGGCGAUGCAGCCCAUCUAUACGACAAAUGCCCCGGCGCAUCGGCCGAGGACAGAGCCAAAGUCAAGUACAAAUGGGCGAUGGUUGCAAAGCGCAUGCAAAACAGAAAGACGCUAAAGCCCAAAGCUAAGAAGCUCCGGGACAGUCUCAUGACAGCCAACAAGAAGUGGCGGGAAGAACAAGACAAAAGCCGCGAGGCGAAGGCAACGGAGCCUGAGAAAAAGAAGCUCCGACGAAUGCUAGAAAGCCCUGCCGGCGAAAGCGUGGCCACCAUCAACGGAGUGUUGGACGUGCCCUACUGCCCUGACAACGGAAGCGAUGUGGGAAUUAUUUCCACCGCCAUGGUCAAGACACUGCGCAAGCUGGACGAAACAGUUCAAGCGAAGCAGCUGCCCAAAGCGUGGGUUGGAAGCGCAGUGGGGAACCUACCCGUAAUAGCGAAAACGACGGUGGAACUGCGAGUCACUCUGAGCACAGCCGCCGGCCAAGUCAAGCUGCCUGGAAAGCAGCUAUUUUACGUGGUCGAUGACAACGACGAACUCAUUAUAAGCAAGUACGCCCUGAUGUCGAUUGGACUCGACAUGGAUCGACUACUCGAGCAAGUGGCCAUGCGACAAACCCACGAAGACGGCGACGAUAUUGGCGACCCCGGCGAAGCCGAAGACAUCGCAUUCGGUGUCAGUGUGCAAGGGUUACACGCAAACGAUGAACAGCUGGACGUGGAAGACAUGCAAGCAGCAGAACAGCUGUACAAGAUGGCGAUCAUAUCUGCGAACGCCGCCGAGCAAGAACAGACUGUGGCGUUCAAGCUAUUACGAGGAAUCGUCGUCGACACCGCCGCCAAAGGAGUAUGGCGAACCAAGUUCAGAGGCACAGACCUCCCGGCGAAUGUGAAGGCGAUGGAAAUACGACUCAAGUUAUUUAUGCAAACAACUCAAGCUCCCACUGCAGCCCCGUCAACCCGGUUAUGA